AUGGUUGCUGAUAUGGCAUGGUGUGGCAUGGCGUUGGGUGGCAUGGCGUGGGAUGGGAAUCCAUUGGACAGUGUGGACUUGAUUGUGGCCGGAGCAGCAUUGUGGACAAUACGAAGGGACCCCUCACUGGAGGGACUGGACCAGUACCAAGCCGACACGGAAUCUGUGCUUCGCCUGCUGUCAUCAAUAGUGCGCAAAUCGGAUACCAACUUGGUGUGGGUACAGCAAGCCUAUAUCAAUGAAAGAGUGCGAACAAAAAGAAGGAGCAACUUCACCAACCAACGUAUUCGAAUCUACAAUGAUGCUGUUGAUGGUAUCUGGCGGCGCGUCAGAACUCCCGGCAUGUUUAAGUUCAGUCCCGGUCAUGCACCAUUGAUCCCAGACGGCGCGCAUUACACUGAUGACGCUAAUGACAAGACAAUGCAAGUCAUCCUGAAUACCCACUGUAACUCACAACUACCGGUAACUGACAGGAAGACCUGUUGCCAAGGGUUACUUCACUCAAUCACUGCUCCACAGGUUGUGCUACUGGUUAUAUUUGUAUGCAGUGCCAUCGUAACGUUGUGGGGACGCUGGUACAGGCACAGAUGCUCACGUUCUCUACUCUGGCCACCGAGUCAGACUUCUAUCCAGGAGACAGGUAACACAGGUUUAAAGCACAAUACUUCAUCACCUGUUGUGAUGAUCUGUCAGUGCAUCACAUUGCUUGGAAUAGUGCUUCUCUACACCUACUUAGCUGACAGGACACCAGUAUUCACGAAAGAGGAGAAACAUUUCAACUGGAUAUCAUUCACUGUUCCAUUGACAAUUUUGGGAAUUCUUGGCUUUGUGACAUACCAACCAGUCAAAGAUGCUUCUGUUCUAAACCGUCAGCAAACCUGUGAAACACGAGGAUGGAUGCAGCUAGUAUUGCUGGUGUAUCAUUACACAGGUGGCAGCAAGAUCCUUGGUCUGUACUAUGUGGCUCGACUUAUUGUAGCAAUGUACAUCUUUCUAAGUGCCUUUGGACAUUACACGUAUGGUUUGAAGCGUGGAGCAAGCAGUUGGUCUCGUGUAGCUGAGGUCCUGUUCCGUCUAAAUCUCUACACCGUUCUACUGUGCUUGACUAUGGAUGUACCGUAUCUUCACUACUAUUUUGUACCACUGAUCUCAGCAUGUUACUUACUAGUACUACUGGUUGCUGCCAUACCUCCAGUUGCAUGGGAUCAGAACAAGUCACCAUGGAUGCAGGUGCUCAAGGCAAGCUGUUUCAUUAUCGUCUUCGCCUUGUAUCGGAUACAACCAGAUAUGUUGAACUGGAUAAUAUCCUUCCCUCCGCUCUCCCUACUCUUCCUGGAUGAUGACAACUCCCUACACGAGUGGACAUUUCGUUUUGGACUAGACAUCCUGGCUGUGCCAUCGGGUAUCCUGUGUGCCGUAAUGCUACAUCGAUUCCCACAAAUCAAUGGGUGGAUAUGUUCAAGGAGUAUUGGUAACAACUUGAUGACAAUACUUUCAGCCUUGACAUUGGUAGUGUACUGUGGAAUGAUGGCAACAAACUGCACUAGUAAACCAGAGUGUAAUCUUGUACAUACCUACCUAUCACCAAUCAUGCUCGUAGGAUUUGUUCUGGUGCGCAACACGUGGGAACCACUACGCAACCAUUACAGUCAGUUCUUUGACUGGGUGGGAAACUACUCGUUGGAGCUUUUCAUCGCCCAGUAUCACGUCCUGCUGGCUAAUGAUACACGUAGUCUACUUGUCCUGGUCGAGGGUAAUCCAAUUCUCAACAUCUGCAUCGUCACAACCAUCUUUGUACUAGUAUCACACACUGUAGCUGAGUGUACACAAAUGUUAGUCAACGUCAUGAAGGGACUCGCAACUGAGAGUGAAUAGCUGGGAGCAUUAGCAAUACAAUUAUUGUAGUACAGGCUGGAACAAUUGUUGGAACAAUCAACUUCAGGCUGAAUCGAUUUAUUAAUUUAUAAUACAUGUUCUACCCAAGCGCCAAAGCCUCCAAUGCUUUUAAAUGUAUUCUAUUGUAUUUUUUCGGUCCUUCCCCAGUUACCCAAAAUCUUCAAUUAUCCAAAUCCACAACAGUGGCUGUCCUCAGUACAUCUGAAGGAUAUCAUACUGCACACUAGAAUUAUGUCUUUUCCGAGCAAUAUGCAGUAUUGUGUGGAUCGUUUUAUAUUGCUCCUUUGUCAAUAUUAUUAUUAGUCCAUUCUGGGCACUCUGGGCAUCAUCUGACUUACAUGUACUUGCUGAAUGCUAGGCCCGCACAGAUUUUGUACGAGUAUGCACUUCUUUCGGCGAAAUAUCGAAGCUUUUCAGAAGGCGGGUAUUGCUGGCAAAACUGGAGUGAAGUAUCAAGAUUGUGGUUUGAUGCCUGCUACUUCUUUCUUUGCAUUGAGUAGAGUAAGAGCUGUAAAGGCGACUACUCUGAGAAGGCAGCCAACCACCUGCCCCAGAGGACCGCUACAAGUAGGACCAAGACUAAGAGAUGUUAUUUCCAGUCAAUUGGUCCU